CAUUUGAGAAAUCGACCCAUGAGUGACAAGUGCCGUGUGUAACAGCAGCAGAGAACUGAAUGCUCCCGACUCUCCUCAAGCCUAAAUGAUGACAUUAGUCUACAUAUACUACUAUUGGGGUAGUUUACACUGCAAGUUGCUUCUGGACUUCUACUAAAUACGCCCUGACACCUCUCAGGUCAUGGUGAAGGAAGAUCAUUGGUGCUGAGAGCCCAGCAUUUCCUUAAACAGGGGUACGUUCCCAGUGGUUGUUUGAAAUGCUGUGGAGGCUGCUACCCAGAAGACUUUUGUGUUUUCCCACUAAAUACUUCAUCUGGCUUCUUAUUUUUUCCCUCGUCACUUUCACUAUUCUAAGACUUCAUCAAAAGCCAUUUGUAAGUGUUCACCAUCUGGAGCUGCGUGGUGAGAAUCCUAGUAGUGACAUUAAUUGCACCAAAGUCUUGCAAGGCAAUGAAGAGGAAAUUGAAAAAGUCAAGCUUGAGCUCCUAACAGUGAAAUUUCGAAAGCAACCUCGAUGGACCACCUACGACUACAUAAACAUGACCAGCGAUUGUACCUCUUUCAUCAAGAGGCGCAAGUAUUUCACCGAACCCCUCAGUAAGGAAGAGGCUGCGUUUCCAAUAGCCUAUUCGAUAGUGGUCCAUCAUAAAAUCGAAAUGUUUGACAGGCUCCUGCGCGCGAUCUAUAUGCCCCAGAAUUUCUAUUGCAUUCAUGUGGACAAAAAGUCGGAGGAAUCCUUUCUGGAGGCGGUAACUGGCAUUGCGUCCUGUUUCAGUAAUGUGUUUGUAGCCAGCCGGCUGGAGAAUGUAGUCUAUGCUUCAUGGAACCGUGUCCAGGCAGAUCUCAACUGUAUGCAGGACCUGUACAGCAUGAGUGCGACUUGGAAGUACUUGAUCAAUCUUUGCGGUAUGGAUUUCCCUAUCAAAACCAACCUGGAAAUUGUCAGGAAGCUCAAGUCCUUGAUGGGUGAAAACAACCUGGAGACAGAGAAAAUGCCACACAAUAAAAAGGAAAGGUGGAAGAAACACUACACAGUGGUCAAUGGGAAGCUGACGAACACUGGCACCGACAAAGCGCCCCCUCCUCUUGAGACACCUCUCUUUUCCGGCAGUGCCUAUUUUGUGGUUAGUAGGCAGUUUGUGGGGUAUGUGUUAGAGAAUGAAAGAAUCCAAAGGUUUAUGGAAUGGGCAAAGGACACGUACAGCCCUGACGAGUAUCUCUGGGCCACUAUUCAGCGCAUCCCCGAAGUCCCAGGCUCCGUGUCCUUAAGCCACAAGUAUGACAUGUCUGACAUGCUUGCCAUCGUUAGGUUUGUCAAGUGGCACUACUUUGAAGGUGAUACUGCCAAGGGCGCUCCCUACCCCCCCUGCAACGGGGUCCAUGUGCGCUCCGUGUGCAUCUUUGGAGCAGGUGAUUUGAAGUGGAUGCUGGGCACCCACCAUUUAUUUGCCAAUAAAUUUGACACAGAUGUUGACCUUUUUGCCAUCCAAUGCCUGGAUGAACAUCUUCGGCAUAAAGCCCUGCAGGCAUUGAAAUACUGACCACUGCAGGGAGUUUUAGGAACAGGAAGAGGCCUAAGUGGUGGCCUUACCCGGAUCUUCUGUCCUGAUCCCAAGCAUUAACAGAGGGUGCUCACAGGGCAAUCAAGUUGUGUGGUUUCUGCAAUGCACAGUUGGUGAAAGAGCAUGUGGCACUGAACACCGAGCUUGUAUCAGUGCAGGGCACUGUGGGGCCAGGUUGCCUGGUGGCUGGCGAGAGGCAGAAGACAAACUGAACCUACUCAGAGAGCUCAGGGAUGUGACACAAUAGUGAGGUUUGACCUAUGCCAAAAUGCACAUUGAGAGUUCUAAGGACGGUCGUUGUCCUUGCUCGAACAAAUUUACAGCAAUAACAAAUCAUGAGGGCGUGAUUUCUCUUGUAGAUUUAAUGUGGAAAUAUGAAAUUUGCCUGUUCUCUGAAUGAGCUGGGUAAAUAGUUUACUUUCUGCUGUAGCAUCAUGCCAUGUGGGGUAUCAGUCCACGUUUUCUCAGGGAACUUGAUUGAAACAUUAUUUUUUUUUCUGGUGAGAUUUUGCUUCUAAGAAAUGUACAUAUGUUUUUAAAAGCAAAAAAUGUUGAUGAUUUCUAGAUUAGUUGAUUCUAUGAAUCUUAGAAAAGCUGUCAUUUUAGAUUUGUGAAAAAUGUUAAGGUACCCUUUUUAAUAUGAUUGUUUCUAUGAAUAACACUUUAUUUUUCCAAACACUUGUGUCUUCUUCCUUUUGGAAUCCCAAGGCACCUGCUAGCAAGAUGUAU